CCUGCCCCCUCCCCCGGUGCAAUGGAAGUCCCCGGGAAUCCUCCUCCUCCCCGCUAACAGGCGGCGGCCCGGCCCGGUGCAAAAUGCUGGGCAUGUACGUGCCGGACAGGUUUGCCCUGAAGUCGUCCAAAGUGCAGGACGGGAUGGGGCUCUACACGGCCCGCAAAGUGAAGAAGGGUGAAAAAUUUGGCCCCUUUGCAGGGGAGAAACGAAUGCCUCAGGAACUGGAUGAGAACACAGAUUGCAGGCUCAUGUGGGAGGUUCGUGGCAGUAAAGGUGAAGUCCUUUAUAUCCUGGAUGCAAGCAAUCCACGCCAUUCUAACUGGCUGCGUUUUGUCCAUGAAGCUCCAUCACAGGAACAAAAGAAUCUGGCUGCAAUCCAGGAUUUUCCAGCAGAUCCCUGAGAAAAUGAUUAAAAAGAAGUUUAUUCUGAAGCCAAUCAGAAAUAUUUUUAGAUACCUUUAUUUGCUGAGAAACAAAUGAAGUAAAACAAGAAAAAUGUUUAAUAAUAAUAAUAAUAAAAGAUUAGUUAAGUUUCAGGAUGUAGUUUUGUGAAAGGUGCACACUGAUGGCACUCCAAUUUUUGUGCUGAAGAUCUGAUGCUUCCUUGAAUAUCAUGUUCUCUAGAGGGGCUCUUGUCUUGUUUGGUUUUUAAGCAAGCACUGUCCAGUGAGAUUUCUGCUGCCGGUUCUUAGAGACUUCAUAUGUCCUUCCUCUUUUUGUUUCAGCAGUGAGCCUUUCUACGAUUUCCUUUCUGCUGUUCUACUGCAUCUCUUUUCCCUAGCAAUUUGAUUUGUUAUCUGCCUUCACUUGAUUUGCACCUCCUACUUUCUAAAGCUCUAGUUCUACUGAAUGGCAGUCUGCAGUUUACAUCUGCAGCUUUUUUUCAUGGUGAUCCUGUGUAAAUGAAAAUUCAAGGAUGAUCUCUCUAGAAACUAAAGGUAUAUCUACUGCUGUCUUUCAGACCACUUUGUUUCUCUCCAAGUAAUAAUCUUCACAUAUCUCUGGCAUACCAUUGCUAGCUGAAAAUAUCUGCAAUUUUGCUUCUGAUAUUGUUUCUUUGUACUUUGUUAUUGUUCCUGUUUUACUUUGCUACUGACAGCUUUAUCAUCAGUUUAUCCUUUGGAUCUGUAUGCUUUAAUCUUUGGAUCAAACUUCUUUAGGUCUUUACGUCCAGGCUGCAGUUCAGUUUUGAGUAAUGUUAAGGGUGUUCACUGUUCGCCCAUUCAGCAAAACCUCUUGUCAGUAAUUGACUGAGUGAGUGCUUUGCUAUGAUUUUCCAUGAUGUUUGUGGCAAGUCAAUGGGUAAUUUAGUAUGAUCACUGUCUGUGAAAUUAUUUCUGUAUUUUUUUUCCCUCUGUCUUGUUCCUUCUGUUAUAUCAAGACUUCAAACUUGAAGAUUUCUGGCAUGGCCUGUUGUCCUGCUUACAGCACUAACUAUGAAAGACCCUCAUAUGUGGUCAUCAGUCCUCGGCAUUAGUCAAGUAUGUAUUAUAAUCAUUGAAUAGUCAGUGUGAUAUUAAUUGCAGUCAGUGUUGGCGAAUGUGAGGUAAGCUUCACAAG